AUGGGCAAUUUUUCGUUCACAAUGUUUCAAAUUCUCAAUUUAAAAAUGAAUCUUUCUCUACCGUAUUGUAAUCGAAGUACUGGAAGAAUUUGUUCAAAAAUUAGAUUAUAUCACAGGUCGUUCCGAAGCAAUCCUUCCCUCCAAAUGUGUUUUAUUAUUGUGUUCCUCUUGUUCAUCUUUUCCUUAAUUAUGUUCAUGAAACUGAAUCAAAAUUCUUAUUCUGGAAAAGAAAUACUUGGUUAUUUGUAUGAGACAGCUAUUGAUCAAUUGACCUACAAUCAUACACAUGCUUUCAUUACUUCUGCGUAUUAUUAUAGAAAUUCUAAAUCUCUUGGAGAAAAUGCAGUUGCAAUGAUUGUAGCGAUGAGUCAACGAACAUUUAAACAUCUUGAAAAUCAUGAAAUUACGAUUGUUGGUUCACGAGGAUACCAGAAUUUGAAAACCAAAGCUUCCAUUACAGUGGAAACUGCAGAACAAAUGUCAUGUGAGUAUGUUAUGGCAUUGAUACAAGGAAUAACGUUAGAAAUUCCUCAAAAAUUAGAAAUUGAAUCUGCAGGAACAAGAGUUCAGAUUCCGUUUCGAGAACCGCGUAAGAAUUCACAUUCUCCAGUCAUUAUCUGCAUCUCUCCACAAUUUGUAGCAGAGAAAUGGCAAUUAUUUCUAAUGAACAUACAUGUAAUUCGUAGAUAUGGAGGACAUAUGCAUAUAUACAUAACUAGUAUGGUUGAAAAACUUUUCAAUGUUCUGAAAAUAUAUGAAGAUAUGGAAGCUCUAACAAUUGAUUAUUGGAUUCGAAUGAAGUUAAAAAAAACAUCAUCUCCCGUAGCAGAUAUUAUGAAAAAUGUUGAAUGGAGACAUCAGGCUGGAGCACAAACCGACUGCCUCUUACAAUACAAGGAAGUGGCGGAAUUCAUAGCUUUUUUCGAUAUAGACGAUAUUCUUGUUCCUAACUUCUCCCACAAUUAUCAUCAAGAGUUCUCAAGCCAUUUUAAUGCUUAUCCAUCAUAUCAUUCAAUAUUUUAUGGGAAACGAGACGUUUUUGUUGAAAAAAUUUCCAGUAUUGAAGAUUUUUCAUUUCGUCACUUGUUCUCAAAUAUGAAAAUUCAAGAAGAGACUGGUUAUGGAAAGUCAAUUGUUAAUCCAUUGAAGUACAAUUCCACGUGGAUUCAUCACUCAAUGAAAUUGCCAAGAAAUAAGAUGUUAAAAAUAAUGAAUACGGAAAUAAUUCACAUCAAGAAUAUUUUGGAUUCCGAAUUAAACAAAGAUGCACCAAUCCACUUACCGAUAAUUUAUGGAACGGAAACUGAAUCAGUUAUUCGAGAAAUGGAUUUGAAAACUCUCGAUUUUGAUUUUCAGACUGUCUAUCAAAAUCCAAUCUAUAGAGAAGCUGCACUUAAAAUGAUUGAUUAUAACUUCUACACUCCAAUUGUUUUCAAUUGCUACAAUGAAUCGUUUUAUCAUCCAUAUUUUGUCGAGAAAAAAGACUUUAGUCAAAUUUGUCCAAAUGCAGAUAACUGUCAGCUACCUCAGCGAGAAGAUAUCAAAUGCAUUCAUUCAGAUGGAGAAUAUGUUUCUGGUCCAGAAAUGUACCCGAUCACUUUCCAUUAUGCAGUUCAUCCAUUUUGGUCGAAUGACAUUGGAUGCUACCAAUAAAAACAUCAUAGCCCAUUGUAAAAAUGUCAUAAACAGAACGAUCUGUUUGUUGUAGAUUUCAUAAAUAUUUGUUAUUUU